GAUUGCAGCCUCACUGCAGAUGAUAUUGAAUACCUGGUGUUCAACUGGCGGCCGCUUCCGUGCCUGUAUGAACUAAACAUCGCUCGUAAUAAUCUAGCCAGCGUGCCACAAAUCACUAUGGCGCAGCUCUUUUGGCGGACCUGCUUCAGUCAAACAGGCCGGUUAGCGUGCCUCUCCCUUGCAUACACCUGCAUGUCUUUCGACCAGCUAACCUGGAUCCUGAAAAUCUUGGCUCGAGAAAUCAAACCGAGGGACAUCGUUCCGAUCGAGACGGCAGCCAGUGCGCUUUCCUCCGACGACUCGGAUGCCGAAUGUGUCUCAUCAAAGUGCACGCUGAGAGUGCUGUGCCUUCAGAAUUUCGUUCCACCCGCGGAAGAAGUCGGCCGCGUUUUGUUGCACCUAGCAGUUGCUCUGCCUCGACUCCGCUUCUUCCACCUCUAUCCCGCUUUCUAUGCCUUCCCGGGAGCAAAUGAGAAGGAACAGCAGCGAAAUCGUUCGCAGGAAAUUGCGCAGAGUAAUGCUUACAUUCGACGUCGUGGGUGUAAUAACCUGCAGAUCCGUCAAUUACCAAAGCCCGACGUUCAGUGUGGUCCAGAUUUCCUGAGCCAGGGAUUGGUCACUCUUCUUCUUCUUCUUACUUUCAUUCAUUGGUUCACGGAAACAGACGACUAUUUUGACCUGAAUGCAUGUGUCUUUCUCGAGGACGAUUUCCAUUUUGUACACCAAAUGUGA